GAGUGAAGCAACAGGAAAGAGAUUGGCUGCAGCAAGCAAUGGCAAUUACAGCCUCCACUUUAAUUCUGCUGCCAGGUCUUCGGGAAAGGGCAGUGGACACUGCUGCAGAGCCUCAGGCCAUGGUCAGCCCAGAAAAGAGCUUGAUUUGGGGUCCCAGCCUAGUAGCCGAGCUCCCCCUGCCCAUCCGUUAUUUCUACAUUCAGGCAGUCAGCACCAACGGACGCAACUUCACACAUUCCCUGCCAGGUGCUGCAUACAUACAUGUUCACAAACCAAUCUCCUCAAAAGAAAUAAUCCAGAUGCAUGUCCCACAGCUUCUAGACAGGAACGAUGGGUCUUUCCUAAUGCGGUAUCAGCUGUAUAGAGGUGUUGAGGAAGGGUUAAAAGUGGAAAUCCUUUAUCGCAAUGUACACAUAGCUCAGUCUCCUUAUAUUUUGAAGGGUCCAGUUUAUCAUGAAGAUUGUGACUGUCCAGAUCCUGACCCAAGGUCUGACUGACUGAUUUGGGGAAAUAUUUUAUCAUGUCCAUCAGAAGAAUCUCAGAUUAUUAAGGACUUUGCUGCAUUUCCUAGCAUUGAUCUUCAGCACAUGUUUGAUGAAGUCCCACAAAGAUUUGGCCAAAAUACAGUAGCCAUGGUUCAUUACACUGUCCUUAAUAAUCUCAUUUAUCGGCGGUCCUUCAGGAAGUACACAGACUUCAAAAUGUUUUCAGAUGAAAUGCUUCUGUCACUGGCAAGGAAGGUUAAUCUCCCAGAUGUGGAACUUUAUCUUAAUGUUGCGGAUUGGACUGCUGAACAUCAGAAGGUGAAUGACACACCCGGUCCUCUACCUAUCCUUUCAUGGUGUGGAUCCAUAGACACAGCAGAUACAGUGCUUCCAACUAACGAUGUCACACAUUCAACCCCUGAAACUUUGCGUGGCAUCGCAAACCAUUUGUUGUCUGUUCAGGGAAACACAGGACCUGUCUGGCACAACAAAACCGAACAUGGAUUUUUUAGGGGUUGGGACAGCCAAGAAGAACUGUUUCAGCUGGUGCAGCUUUCGAAGGAAAACCCAGAAUUAAUAGAUGCUGGAAUAACAAGUUAUUUCUUCUUCAAAGAAAAGGAGAAUGAUCUGGGGAAGACUCCACUGAUGGGAUUCUUUGACUUUUUUUAAGUAUAAAUACCAAGUGAGUUAGAUGACACAGUUGCAGCCUAUCAGUUCCCAUACCUUUUACUGAGCAACAGCCUUAUAUUUAAGCAGGAUAUUAAUUAAUACUACAAGCACUUCUACAAGGACCUGGCACCAUGGAGCCAUUACAUGCCAAUUAAAAGUAACUUAGAAGACUUGAUAGAAAAAUUAAUAUGGGCCAAGGAAAAUGAUGAAGAGGUCAGAAAAAUUGCCAAGGAAGGGCAGAAAGCUGCACAAGAAUUACUCCAGCCUCACUUGUUUUAUUGUUACUAUUUCAAAAUUUACUUAUUUCAGAAAUAUGUUCAACGCCAAGCCAGUAAACCUGAAAUAUGGGAUGGAAGAUUUAUACCUUAGCUUGAUGACAGGACUUCACAGUUUUUCUGCCACAGAAAAACACCUUCUAGGGAAGAAUUUUAAGUAAAUGGUGCCAAAUGGGAUCAAGCAUAGAGUGUUGCAAGAGUGAUGCAAGAUUUUUAAUGAUAUUUAAAGCUGUGAAAUCUGGCACAGACAAAUAUUUACAAAAUAACAUUACACAUGUCUAUUCAGAACACACACCAUUGAGUUUAAUGAGGUUUAAUGUGCUUCACUUAACAACCAAG